CUCAAAUUAAAAAGAUUACACUUUGGAAAGCUUGUGUUCUGCCCACGAUUUUGCACUCACCAAUUUAAAAUUCUUAUCAAAGAUACAACGAGAUUUCCUUGGUUUUAAUCCACUCUGUAAUCUCAUCAAACCAAUGGCUCGCUCUUUCGCUAACGUUAAGACUUUCUCUGCUCUUCUUCUAGACGGAUUCUCCAACACUCUAACCAGACGCGGAUACUCUGUUGCAACACGGAGCGUGAAAAGGGGAGGAGUUAACGCGAUGGCAGGGAAGUCAGGGGAAGAGAAAAGGGUGUCGUCGUACGAGGUUUCAUGGGUGCCAGAUCCUGUCACCGGUUACUACAAACCGGAGAACAUCAACGAGGUUGACGUUGCCGAUUUGCGUGCUUCUCUUCUUCGCAAAAAAUUCAACAACUAAAUUCAAACAAAAUUACAAAACUAUGGCAUUAAAGAUUCAACGAUGCGUUUCGGGAUCUGCUUCGGAUGAUGAUGGCUUAACGAAAACUAGGUUGAUUGAUUGAUUGAUUAUAUGUGUUUAUCACAGAGGGAAAGGAAAUUAAUUAAUGUCUAUGUUUGCUAUGUACUUGUUAAAGAGAAGACGUUGAUUUUUUAUUAGGAUUUUUUUUAUGCUUUAUAAAUAAUCGUUUAUUAUAUUU